GCUGCAGGUGUUUUAAAAAGCGUCAGGUGAGCGCGCGGUAUCCAGUCGGGUCCUCCAGCGGUCUACGGGUCUCUCCUCUUCACCUCUUCACCUCACGGCGACAGUUUAGCGGCUAACAUGAUGAAAGUGGCCCUCUCCGUGCUCCUGCUCCUGGUGACCCUGUCCUCCACGCUGGGCAAGUACAUCCCCAAGUCGGGCAAGAGGAUCCCCCAGACCCUGUCCAGAGGAUGGGGUGACCAGCUGAUCUGGGCUCAGACGUAUGAAGAGGGUCUGUACUGGUCCAGAUCCAAGACCAAACCCCUGAUGGUCAUUUUUCACCUUGAGGACUGCCCACACAGCAAAGCUCUGAAGAAGAUUUUUUCUGAGGACAACGAGAUCCAGAAGAUGCUGGAUGAGGACUUCAUUGUGCUCAAUCUGGUGUAUGAAACCACAGACAAGCACCUCUCCCCUGACGGCCAGUACGUGCCCAGAAUCAUCUUUGUUGACCCCUCUAUGACGGUGAGAGCUGAUAUCAUUGGCCCCUACUCCAACCGUAUGUAUGCCUACGAGCCCGCCGACAUCAAAAUAUUAUUGGACAACAUGAAGAAGGCCAAGAAGCUCCUGAGGUCUGAGCUGUGAAGCCGUCUAGAACUUUGGAACGGUCCUUACAUUCAGACAGCACUCAGUUUACAGCAGAUACACAUUGUUGUAAAUCCCUCUUCAUUUUUGAAUUAGUGUAAACUGUAACAAUACAAAUGCCUUGAAUAAAUAUCCAAUGUCUUAUUUA